AUGGCGCUCAAGUUCCUGAACAAGAAGGGGUGGCACACGGGGUCCCUCCGCAACAUCGAGCGGGUAUGGAAGGCGGAGCAGGCGGAGGAGGCGGAGCGCCGCAAGACGGAGGAGCUCAAGAAGCAGGUCGCCGCCGAGAAGGAGAAGGCCGAGUUCCGGGCCAUGCAGGAGCGCGCCGGCCUCAGGCCGGCGCAGGAGAGGCUGGACUUCCUCUACGAGUCGGGGUUGGCCGUCGGCAAGAGCUCCGAAGGGUUCCAGGCGCUGCAACAAUCUGCACCGGGGGCAUCUGCUGCGUCCACUUCUGCACAGGCGAGUGCGGCUGAUUCUUCCAAGGCAGCUACACCAGGAGCUUUAUUUGAGGAUAAACCCCAAUCUGCAAAUGAUACAUGGAGAAAGCUCCACUCUGAUCCUCUACUCCUAAUAAGGCAGCGGGAGCAGGAUGCAAUUGCAAGGAUUAAAAACAAUCCAAUCAAGAUGGCCGAGAUAAAGAAAUCUGUUGAAGCUGAAAAAAAGCAAAAAGAAGAGAAGAAAGAGAAGAAAAAGCACAAGAAGCAUUGCCACCAUAAGUCAAAGAGUAAGAGGCAUCACUCAGAUGAGAAUUCGGAUUCAGAUGAAAUAAGUGAUGGCAAGGACGAGAGAAGGAAGAGAGCUCAUUCUUCUCUUGACCAUAAGAAAGAAGAGAACAGGUCCAGGCAUAAGAAGCAGCACAGAGAAGAUUCAUCAGAUUCAGACAAUGAUGAACCACAGAGAAGAAAGCACGAUGUAUCAGAAGACGAUGAACCGAGGAGAAGACGGCAUGACGAGGAUGAACCAAGGAGAAGACGGCAGGAUGAUGGUGAACCAAGGAGACGACUGCAGGACGACAAUGAACCAAGGAGAAGACGGCAGGACGACGGUGAACCAAGGGGAAGACAGCAGGACGACGGUGAACCAAGGAGUAGACGGCAGGACGACGGUGAACCAAGGAGUAGACGGCAGGACAACGAUGAACCAAGGAGAAGACGGCAGGACGACGAUGAACCAAGGGGAAGACGGCAAGACGAUGAUGAACCAAGAGGAAGAUGGCAGGAUGAUGAGAAACCAAGGGAAAGAAGCUAUGUUGACCGUCCAAGAUAUGAUCGCUCUGAUGCUGAUGAUAUGAAAAGGAGACAUCAUUCACCUCCAGACCGCCAUCAUUCAAACUCAAAGCAUGAUGGCUCUGGCGAGCAGACGAGGCAAGAAAGCGGACAUGGCAGGAACAAUGGUCCGUCAUUCAACCGUCGACGGGGUGGUGUCCACCAUAUGUCAGAAGAGGAGAGGUUAGCUCGGCUGCGCCAGAUGGAGGCUGAUGCUGAGGUCCAUGAGGAGCAGAGGUGGAAGAGGCUCAAGAAAGCUGCUGACGAUGAUUCUAAAGAGGCAGCAACUGUGAAUGCGAACCAGUUCAAAGGGAAGAACUUCUUGGAAGAUGAAAAGAAGAGCAUAUUUGGAACAGAUAAGGGUGGCAGUGCCACAAUUGAAGAGAGCAUCAGGCGCCGCGCUUUUUACUCGCAGGGUGGCCGUGAUGCCGAGGGCAAUGCCUUCAGGCGGUGA